GAGGCGAGUGAGCUCGGGAUGGCUGGUUGAGGACCGUAGAGGUUCCGUGCAGUUUAGGGAGUAGGAGGGAAAAGCUUUAAUAGGAAAGGAGAAUUCAGGAGCUGCCACGCAGGCCAGAUCUUUCAUGACUCCAGUCCUCUUCUUCUAACCCAGUGUAUCUUCAGAGUUGUCUACAUUUUUCCAAGAACAGCCAAAAAUGAAUAAAUCCCAGAAAUUCCAGGGAUCAGUAUCCUUUAAGGAUGUGACUGUGGGCUUCACCCAGGAGGAGUGGCAGCACCUGGACUCAACUCAAAGGUCCUUGUAUAGAGAUGUGAUGCUGGAGAACUACAGAAACCUUGUCUCAGUGGGGUAUUGUAUUACCAAACCAGAGGUGAUCUUCAGGCUGGAGCAAGGAGAGGAGCCAUGGAUAUUGGAGGAAGAAUUCCCAAGCCAAAGCUUCUCAGAAGUCUGGAAAACUGAUCACAUGAAAGAAAGAAGCCAAGAAAACCAGCCUAAACAUGUAUGGGAAGUUGUAUUGAUCAAUAACAAAAGGCUGACUAAAGAACGAGGUAAUGUACUAGGAAAGUCACUUGAGUUGGACACAGAUUCUUUUCCUUACAGAAAAAUACUCUGUCAGUGUGACUCAUGUGGAAUGAGCUUCAACUAUAUUUCAGAAUUGGUUAUCGAUAAGAAAAACUCUCUGGGGAAAAAAACUGAUGAAUUUAAUGCCUGUGGAAAAUUGCUACUCAGUAUUAAACAUGAGAAAACUCAUACUAAAGAAAAAAAUGAAUAUUUUAGAAGUGGAAAAAUUGUCAGUCAUAAUGAGGAUUCUGUUCAGCUUGAGAAGAUUCAAACUUUAGAGCAAAAUUUUGAAUAUAACAUACAUCGAGAAUCCUUCAAUGAAAAGGUAGUACUCAGUACAUACAAGACAGAGAUCACUGAAGAGAAUGACUGUGCCUAUGAUGAAUAUGGGAGAAGAUUCUGUGAUAGCUCAUCCUUAUUGUUCCAUCAGACAACUCCCUCAAAGGAAAAUCACUAUGAAUUUGGUGAUUGUGGGACAUCCUUAUGUGUGAAGUCCUCUCUUUUAAAACAUCAUGGGGCACAUUUGAAACACUGUGAAUAUGGCGAAAGUGGGAAUAAUUUCAGGAGGAAGUUCUACCUCUCACAGCUUCAGAAAACUCGUAAAGGAGAAAAGCACUUUGAAUGUAAUGAAUGUGGGAAAGUUUUUUGGGAGAAGUCACACCUCACUCGACAUCAGAGGAUUCACACAGGAGAGAAAAACUUUCAAUGUAAGGAGUGUGGAAAAACUUUCUGGGAGAAAUCAAACCUCACUAAACAUCAGAGGUCACACACAGGGGAGAAACCGUAUGAAUGCAGUGAAUGUAGGAAAGCAUUCAGCCACAAGUCAGCCCUCACGUUACACCAGAGAACACAUACAGGGGAGAAACCCUAUCAGUGUAACGCAUGUGGGAAAACUUUUUAUCAGAAGUCAGACCUCACUAAACAUCAGAGAACACAUACAGGACUAAAACCCUAUGAAUGUUAUGAAUGUGGGAAAUCUUUCUGUAUGAAUUCACACCUUACAGUACAUCAGAGAACUCAUACAGGUGAGAAACCCUUUGAAUGUCCUGAGUGUGGGAAGUCUUUCUGUCAGAAGUCACAUCUCACACAGCAUCAGAGAACUCACAUAGGAGAUAAACCCUAUGAAUGUAAUGCAUGUGGGAAAACUUUCUACCACAAGUCAGUACUUACCAGGCAUCAGAUAAUUCAUACAGGUUUGAAACCUUAUGAAUGUUACGAAUGUGGGAAAACCUUCUGCUUGAAGUCUGACCUCACAGUACAUCAGAGAACUCACACAGGAGAAAAACCGUUUGCAUGCCCUGAGUGUGGGAAAUUUUUCAGCCAUAAGUCAACCCUAUCUCAACACUUUAGAAUCCAUACAGGGGAGAAACCGUAUGAAUGUCAUGAAUGUGGAAAAAUCUUCUAUAAUAAAUCUUACCUAACAAAACAUAAUAGAACACAUACAGGGGAGAAGCCCUAUGAGUGCAAUGAAUGUGGGAAAACCUUCUGCCAGAAAUCACAGCUCACUCAGCACCAGAGAAUUCACAUAGGGGAGAAACCCUAUGAAUGCAGUGAGUGUGGAAAGGCUUUCUGCCAUAAGUCAGCUCUGAUUGUGCAUCAGAGAACACAUAUAGAAGAAAAGCCCUAUAAAUGUAAUGAAUGUGGAAAAUCUUUUUGUGUGAAGUCAGGACUUACUCUGCAUCAGAGGAAGCACACAGGAGAAAAGCCCUAUGAAUGUAAUGAAUGUGGGAAAUCCUUUAGCCACAAAUCAUCACUCACGGUACAUCACAGGGCUCACACAGGAGAGAAGUCUUGUCAAUGUAAUGAAUGUGGGAAAAUUUUUUACCGUAAAUCAGACCUCGCUAAACAUCAUAGAUCACACACAGGGGAGAAGCCCUAUGAAUGUAACACAUGUCAGAAAACCUUUUCUCAGAAGUCAAACCUUAUUGUACAUCAGCGAACACACAUAGGAGAAAACCUUAUGAUUGAAGUGAAUAUUAGAAAUGUUGAGCCACAAUUCAGCACCUACUCCAUUUCAGAGAAUUCACACUAUGGAGAAAGCUCUGUUGAUAUCCUGAAUGUUUAA